AUGGCUUAUAAUAAUCAUCAUCAUCAAAACCAAUAUUACAAUAACCCAUCAAGUCCAACCAGUUCGACCAGUCCAGCCAAUCAUAAAGUACCAGAAUUAAAUCAAAGACAUUUAACGGAGAUAGAUAAUGGAAAUUAUUCAACAGGAUCAUUAGGUGGAGUUACCGCAGUUGGGACACCUCGUGUUAAUCCUACCAGAAAUGCUGAUGAUGCCGCUUCAAUAAAUUCAUCACUUUCCAAUCAUGAUCAAUCGGCAACAAAAAAUGCAACGGACGCUACGUACACAAAUAGAGAAAGUAAAUCGAGACUUACUUCCACUCCGUUAGUGGAUAGGGAGACAUACAAUAUGGGUAGUACGGGAGAUCAAAAUUAUCAUGGACAGAAUCAGAAUAACGGUACUAUUUCCCAAUACAAUAAUUAUCAUCGUCAAGAUGAUCAAAAUUAUGAUGAAGAAGCAACCCGUCAUAAUACCCUUACUGGAUACCCAAACCAUUAUGAAAAUGAAUAUACUGAUAGAGAUUUCCCCGGUGGUGGUAAAAAUGCACGUCAAUCUUUGACUGCCAGUGACUUUGCUAGACCUGAGAAAAAACGAAAAAGUGGAUGUUGUUCUUGGUCAAUUUGUUGCUUAUUUACUAUAUUGAUCUUAAUUGGUUUGGGCAUUACUGCAUUUUUUGUUUGGCCUCGCAAACCUAAUGUUGAUGUUAAAGAAGCUGUACCUGUAACACAACCAACGCUCAGUACAAAUCCUCCUUACAUUGAUAUGAGCUUUAAUAUAAUUGUUGAAAUUGAUAAUUAUGCAAAUUGGGUUCCAUAUAAAUUCAAUAAAAUUGAUGUUGCGGUAUUUGAUAGAGCGGCUAACAACGAUAAAUCUAUUGCUACUGGUUCCAAACCUGAUUACACUUUACAACCAAAGUCUGUUAAUACAUUAGAAUUUCCACUCACAGUUAAUUAUAAAGCUGAUGAUGUUAAUGAUCCUGUUAUAAUGGAUUUUGUUGCCGCUUGUAUUCCUGAUUCUGAACCGAAUGCUCCUCCUUUGAGACUUAGAGUUGACGUUGAAUUAUUUAUCUGGGGCAUUGAUUGGAUUUACAAACCAAAAAUUUCUGUUCCUAUACCUGACGUUAAAUGUCCUGAAACUAAUUUUUAA